GUUUGACUAAGAAUUUUAGACCACGAAGCACCACGUCAAUCCUUCUUUUGACGGUCUCGGUGGGGGCGACAUCUUGCAAUGUGGAGUGUUACAGGCAGGAUGAAAAGCAGAGUCCUUUGGAGGUCGUAUUCAAGAUGUUUUUCCUUUUGACAGCAGACAUGCUUACAUUGAUGGACGCAUAACAAUAUAGAUGGUUAUGCUGUCGGCACGGAUGUUUGUUCAUUGAUGCCAAUCAUGGUUUUUGGCGCCUUGCUUCUUGCUGGAUUUGCUGUGGACCCUUCUGCGCCUCUUUUGAAGCAGCCAGGGACCUACGUCGAAGCACUCGGCCGGAGACUGCAAGGGCGAAUCGGCCAUGGCGCGUACCGUUUUCGCUACGCGGUGAAGCUGUCCGACGCGGUGACUGGACACCCUGCAGACAGCCUGGCGUGUGGCUUCAGCCUGGGACAGGUGAAGUCGUCACAAGGAAUGUACAUUGAGCUUGCAGGUUGGUCAGUCGGCAGAGCCAGCAUUGGGAGCAGUGAGGUCUUUCGGCCUCAAAGAUCAGGUUAGAUU